UAGCGCGGUUCGACAACGCACGGACGUCCGCUCCUUCCUUCCACCCUCGCGCCAAGCUCAGACCGGCAUUGCCCAACUCCACCUCGUCAACUGUCGCGAAGAGGACGAAGGGAGUGACCGAUUGCAUUGGCCACGCCUACCGCGCUCUCCACACUACAACACACGUCCUUGAGGUACUCCAGCCAUGGCAGGCCUCCGCACCGCCCUGCGGCUGGCUCCCCGAUCCUCCCUCCGCUCCAUUCCCGCAUCCCGCACAACAUCUCGUGUCCUCUCCCGCGCCUACGCCGUCCCUGCCAGACGGCCUGCCGAUGAUCGGAAAGCCGCAGAGGAGGCGGAAUUGGCGCAAGAAGAUCUCAACGAUGAGACUGAUCCCGGCAUGAACGGCGGCUACCCUGACCCCUCUCUGACCUCCGCCCUGCCUGUCAAACGAUCGCUGCGUGACCCUUACGGGGAUUGGUGGGACAAGAUUGAGCGGAGAAACUAUGGCGAACCUGUGCAUGAAGAUAACGAUAUUUUGGGCGUGUUUUCCACGGAGGAGUACAGACACUUCACGCCAGCCCGGGCAGGAUUCUUAAUGGCAUGCUUCAUCGCUUCGGUGGGGCUACUGUCAGGAGUGGUGUACAGGUACUAUCCCGACAAACCUGCGGUGAAUCGAACAUUCCCGGGUGGUCUGGAGGCCGAGCUGGGCGGGUCGACGGCCGUGAGGGCGAGGAAGGAGUACGAUGAAGAGAGCACUUUGUAGAUCUCGCCAUCCAAGCGUGGCAAUGCCACAUGUUUAUUUCGCAUCGACGAGAGCCAGUCGCGUACUUUCCAGUUCCAGAGCGGCGUGCUGAGGGUGAUCACCCGACAUCUCCAACGCAUUGGCGGCCGGCCGUGACGGUAUUGUUACUACGAGCUAGAUGGUCGGGAAGACUGUAGUUUCCGUAGGACGACGCUGUACCGUGUGACAAGUCCAAGUGUGGUGAUUUAUGCGAAUGAGAUAAAUCUCGAUGACCGUGAUCGACCAUGCAUAGAUGCCCUGCGGUUGGAGCUCUUGACCAUCCGGCCCUACGUCAUGGAUGAAGCUCCCAAUGAGG